AUGGGCUUCGUUAGUCUCUUCUUACCAGAGAAAUCUGCCCAUCGAGUAGGGCACAAGGACCCAUUCUGGAACGGCAGAAAGAAGCCAUUCAUGAUCGCAGCCAUUGCUUCCUUCAUGCUACUGCAGAUCUUGUUCCUUGUGAACAUGUCCUACCUCUUCGGCUCUUUGUUCAAAUCAGAACACAGGGUGCACAACCUCCAUGUCCUCACAGUCGACUACGAUGGUGGUGUCAUUGGAAAGAGUCUUCAAGGAGCCAUCCAACAACUUAAAGCCGAUACCUUUCCGACUUUCGACAUUGAGAGCAGCGUAAAGUACCCAGCAGUCGAGGACAUUGUUCAAGCAGUCAGAAAAGGAGAACACUGGGCUGCUGUAUUCUCUCACGCUGGCGCUUCCGAACGCCUUGCAGCUGCCCUUCAGGGUGGAGAUGCAGCAGCACAUUACGACCCGACAAACACACUGACAUAUGUCUGGAACGAGGUCAGAUAUCCAGCUAUGGAAGAGGGCACGAUCAAGUCCAGCAUGUCACAGCUCAUGGCAGUCGCCCGUGUCGCGUACAACCACAUCAACGGCACUGGUGCUCUGCAGACUCUUAACAAGAACGACCCUGCCGCCCUCCAAACUUUCCUCAAUCCGAUCCAAGGAGGAGACAUCAAUAUCAUGCCGACGAGCCAGGGGACGAGAGUGUUGUACAACACUGUCGCUAUGGUCAUGCCUAUCAUCAUGCAGUUCUUCUUCCUCAUGGCUGUCAAUGGAGUCAGUGCAGAGUUUAACUUGUACUCGCAUCUUCCAGUACUCAACAAUGGCAUCAUCCGCUUGGUAUUGAGUCUAUCUUAUACCUUCGUCGGCUCUCUCUGCUGGGCCGGCUACAUCUGGGCCUUCCGAGAAAAUUGGUCCGUCGGUGUAGGCCAAUUCUUCUGCACCUGGGUCAUCAUCUGGCUCUUCAUGCACAUCAACUUUGCAGUGAUCUGGUCGGGUGGCGCAGUUGAUCGUCUCUAUCAAGCUCUCCCCAUCCUCUUUACCUGGGAAAUUGUGUUUUUGCCUUUGUGCGUUGUGGCUUUAAACCAUCGUUGUGCGGUUGCGGAGAGAGAGCACAAGGCGAUGGAGGAAGAGAGAAGACAGCUUAUUUUGAAGGCGGAGAAGGGCAAGGUUGAUGAGAUGCCAGAGCGAUCAGGGUCGGCGGAGUCGUCAUCGCCAGUGGAUGAGAAGGUGCAUAGCUUUGGGGCGGAUGUGCAGAGAGAUGUUUACUCGCCUUCCAUACCUCCUCCG